AUGGUUUCCAAAAAGCUAACAAUCCACUCCUUGGAGGAUCCCGAACAUCCUAAUAUCCACCUAUCCAAACAGAACAGCGAGGCGCUGUUCUUCAGCAAGAUCCCGCUAGAUAUUCGCUUACGGAUUUACGACUACGCGGUAGCUUACGACGGAUUUAUCAUACCUGUACAGGUCAAACCCCGUUCAAAUAAGUUUGUUUGGGAUUCUCGUCAACAUCGUUCGUUCAAGCCUCCUAAGGCAUUAUCUGGUGCUAAUGUGCCUCCCUUGACGGUUGUUUUGCUUGGUAGAACUUGCCGAAGAAUAUAUGCGGAACUGGAAGCAUGGCCUGUCUUCUAUCGGGUCAACACCUUCCUGUUCGACACCUCAAAUAUCAUUCCAUACUUGGCGGCUAUAACUCCUGAACGACGACGAGCGAUCCAACAUAUUGAUUUGAAUGGCUUGGUAGACCGUAUCACCGUUUGGCCUCCAAUCAAGACCGCUUGGGGAAUUCCCUUGAGUCAGUACAGCAAAAUGCAGCACCAUAUCAUGACGCUUUUAGCUCAGUGCUCUAAUCUGCGGGAAGUACGACUGAAUGUGAGAAUCCCCCUGCGUAUGCUCGAGGAGAAUAUCUUGAAAUUAGGAAGCGAGUUACCGGAUCUCAUCAGGCAACCGCAAGAAAUCCCAUUGCUAUUAAAUCGACAUUAUCUACGACUCAACUUAGUUAUGAUACCUGGCCCUCGCGAUUUUAUCUUGGGAGACCCAACCUCUGAUUUACCUUCGAGCUUGCGAUUGCCCGGCCAUCUGGGCCCAAUGGAUAUUAUACCUGCAGUGACGAAGAUUCACGAAGCUAUCCUCGAGAAUAUCCGCCGCUUCAACCAUGAACAUGACCGUUUAGAAGUCAUCGAUCAUGCGGCUAGCCAAGCUCAAUUACUCGACGCUAUCAAAUAUGCAGACCUAUAUUUCGCGGGAGAGGAUCGCAUUCAUCUUGAUCCAUACAACACCGUUGUCCAAGGACCUGUUUCGAGUCGAACUCGGCGCAAAUCCCACUCCGUCGACCAUAAAUUGGGCACCAUCGAACGCAAGGUACCUACGUUCACUAUAGAUGGGCUAUUGACCUGGGACUACGGGUCGUACACUGUGGAGCAGAUUGUAUGGGAUCAAUUACAAGAAUCCGAGGUGAAUUGUGGGCUUCGCCGGAAAAGGAGCGUAAGGCCAACUGGUUCUGACCUGUGCUGGGUGCCGCUCCGCGCUAUGAUGACCAGAGUAGGCCAAAAGUCACUGCAAGAAUGGUACAAGGCACAGAUAGAUCCGUCACCCGACCUCGAAGGCCAACUUCAGCUAAUGUACGACACGCCCUCCCCUCACGACGUAAUGAAAAUCGUGGAUGUCAGAAUCGCCAUUAGGGAUGACCAUGGGGCAGAUUCCCCUUCGCGGGAGAGUAAGAAAGUUCUUGGAGAAUGGAAGCGCCUAGUGGCAAGAUGGGCCCGACACUUGGCCACCUUGCAGAGAAGGGUGGCGGAUAAAAGGAGUAAGGAAGAGAAAGCUAAGGAGAAGAAAGCCGAGAAAAAGGAAGUCAAGAAAAAGGAAGCGAAGGGGAAGAAAGCCCCGAAGGCUACUGGUAGCGGAGGGAAAUAA